UAGCGAUUGCACGUGACCUAGAUGCCGACACAACGCGCCUUGUGUACUAGACCUAGAUAGCCUAGACUGCUAACAACAAAUCUUUUGAGAUAUUGCACAUUUUACCAGCAGUUAGCUAUUUAAUGCUGCCCGAGGUAGGUAGGCUAACACAGCGUGCACACAAAGGGUCCCAGGCCCCACUUUAAUGUUUGGAAGGUCCCAGGCCUCGCUAUGAAAAAUCUGUUCUGUUGGAUAUCGCGGCGGAUCUUGUCUUGCCAAUCUGGCAACACAGGCCGUGUAGUGAGCCAAGUUGUCCUGGCCAAAUGUGACCACCGUCGUCUGCUGUCCACCGCUGCAGUCAUCCCCAGCCACCUGCCGGACAUGCACAUCCCGACCAACCUGCCGUUCCACCAGUACAUUUUUGACCGCUGCCAGCUGUACGGGGAUACCACGGCACUCGAAGAUUUUCUGACGGGCAGAAAAUACACCUUCCUGGAUCUGAAGGAGAAGUCUAUCAAAGUGGCCAGCGCGCUGACCCGUAAAGGCUACCGUAAAGGUGACGUUGUACUUGCCUUCACCCCCAACACAAUCGACUUCACGGUCCUGAUGCUGGCCUGUGCCGCCACCGGCCUUUGGUUUUCUGCCGCCAACCCCGCCUUUACAGCAGAAGAGUUAAGCCGUCAGUUGCUACACAGCAGAUCGAAGGCUGUCUUCACAGUUCCAGCCCUAGCUAGCCAUGUCCGACAGGCGUUGCUCACACCUCUCAACUGUGUCAAGGACUUGUUUGUGUUCGGAGAAUGUCCGGGUUUCCAGCCUUUUCAAAGUUUGAUUGAUGACGACGGAAAAGCUUUCCCCGAUGUGGACAUCAACCCAGUGGAGGACGUCUUCACAUUGCCCUACUCCAGCGGGACAACAGGCAUGCCCAAGGGGGUCAUGUUGACCCAUUACAACUGUUUGGCCAACUGUUUACAGGUUAUGCAGAGUUUCCCAGUGGGACCAGGCGAGUGCGGCCUUGGCCUACUUCCUCUCUACCACAUCUACGGCAUGAUGGUCGUCCAGUUCAGCGUUAUCCAGGGGGGCGCCGCUCUCUGCUACCUCCCCAAGUUUGAACCAGAGAUUUUUCUGAGGUGCUUGCACGAGAAAAAGGUCAACGUGCUCCAUGUGGUACCGCCCCUGCUCGUCUUCCUGUGUAAACAGCCUCUGGUGGAGAGGUUUGAUUUGAGCUCCCUCCGCAGGCUGUUGUGUGGGGCGGCGCCGCUGGGUGAAGCCCUAACGCUGGAGUUUACACGGAGGUUUGACAACAAGAUCCAGGUGCUACAGGGCUAUGGUAUGACUGAGACGGCACCUGUGACCAAUCUUGACACGACUAGCACACCAGGUAGCAUCGGCAACACCACGGCCAACACUGUAGGCAAGAUUGUUGACGUAGCCAGCAACCAAGCUCUAGGACCAGGGGAAGUAGGAGAAUAUUGUGUGAAGGGUCCCCAAGUUAUGAAGGGAUACUUCAAGAAUAAAAAGGCAACAGAUGACAUGAUAGAGCCAGAUGGAUGGCUACAUACAGGUGACAUUGGCUACUACAACAAGGACGGGCUGGUCUUUAUAAAGGACAGACUGAAGGAGCUUAUCAAAUACAAGGGCUCACAGGUGCCGCCAGCAGAGCUUGAAGCCCUGUUACUGGGACACCCUGAUGUACAAGACGUGGCUGUCAUUGGGGUCCCUGACGACCAGGCUGGGGAGUUGCCAAAGGCGUUUGUCGUCAGGAAACCGGGUUCGAACCUAACUGAGAAGGAGGUGGCUCGUUUUGUUGAAGAGCGCGUGUCCCAUACGAAGAAACUACGUGGCGGUGUCCAGUUUGUUGAGGACAUCCCCAAGAACCCUAGCGGCAAAAUCCUCAGGAGAGUUUUAAGGGAGAAAUACUUGUAGCUUCUGUUGCCAUGGUUUUAUUUAGGGACCAGAAUUUGUGACUUACGCCAAGUUAGGUGAGAAAUUGGUCAAACAGAAUGGAGUAUGAUGUACCUUGUUAAUGCGGUAAAUAAACUUGACCACCAUUGAA